ACCUAAACGUAGUGAGUAAACUUUAAUUUAUUUACAUAUUAUAUUCCAAAUUAUAAUAAAAGGACAAAAAAAUAUAAUGCGUGCUGAUAACACCUGUGUCAAAUGAGAACACGUCGCUUGCCCUUUCCUACAUUAUACCUUCCACGUAACUAAUAUUACAGCUGGCUGCCACGCGGACCGUUUAACAUAUUUUGAGCAAUUGGUCAGGCUAUAGCUACGUACGCACAAUCUCUUUACGAAAUCGCAUCCUUCAACAUAAGUAUUUGUAUUAUGGCCAAAAUAUAGGUUUCACAUUACAUUUAACAACUUAUAAGUUUGCACAAAACUGAAAAUGUACUUACAUUGUGCAAAGCCCCAUUAGAUAAUGUUUUUUUCUGACUUUUUUUUAUCUAUAAUGAAUAAAGCAUGAGACGUAAGUAGCCACACCGAAACGGUAUUUGGUUUUUGGCAUAUUUGUAUUGUAAUCUUCCGUAACGAAUAGAUACACAGCGAUACAUGCCUGUGACUUAAAUACGUACGUUUCAGAAAGGACAUAAGGGUGGCUGUAACGCAAAUUGCAUAUUGGUCGAUCAGUUUGUAGGAAAAAUAUAUAGAAGGCCAUGCUAGAAUUUAAUGACAGUGUGCUUUAAGUAAAAUGCAGUGCGGUUGAUUCACAUUACGUAAAAAGGGGGUUUUGUGACAUAAAACCUACAAUCACCAUCAGCAAUCAGGCCUUGAACGCCAUUUUAGAUUUUACCACAAACGUUACGGUUGCAGUUUACCUGCAAAAAAACAAAGAGAGGACGAAGUCUAGUACGUUGUUUAGUCGUUAGAGAGAUAGCCGUGACUAGUUAUAUGUGAAUAGUAACGUUUGGCGUUCACGUUUUACGCGCAUGUUUGCAGAGAUAGUAAAUACAAUAGUAAAUCUAUCGCCACUCUCACAGACCACAAGUGUUUAUUUAGUUAUUCUGUUGAAGAAAGAAAACUAAAAUCAUGAAUUCAUUCUCAAGUGUUCUACGUCGUAACCAUAAGAUUUCUUGCUUGAGUGCGGAUCUUGGUGGUCAUAUAAGCAUGCAGACUUUGGCCAAGCUAAUUGCUUAUCUUUUCCUUGCGUUGAUAUCCGUAUUGGUGUUGUGCUGCAUGAGGACAACGGUAUUAAUAUACACCCGGCCCCCUCCACCGCCGCCGUGUGCUAGGAACGAAACGGAAGGUUACAUCGACUCUGCUGGGUCAUGGGGGCGAUUAAAAAGAGCGGUGCAGUUUGAAACGGUAUCACACUCUCCACACCAUUACAACAAGCAACAACUUGAAGCAUUCGGAAGGUACUUAACACAAGCGUUCCCAGCUAUUUUCCACUCACGGUAUGUCCGACAUGACAUUAUAAACGGAUACAGCAUGCUGCUUGCCGUCCGAGGCAAGAAUGCUUCUCUCCAGCCGUAUUUGCUCAUGGCCCAUAUGGACGUAGUACCAGUGGUCCAGUCAGAGUGGGUUUGGGAAGGAUUUGGAGCAAAUGAGUCGCCUGAUGGUAACCGUAUGUACGGCCGAGGUUUGAUUGACAACAAAGGCCAACUAAUGGCUAUCCUUGAAGCAUUAAGUUAUAUGCUGAAUAAAGGAGACCAGCCUGUAAGAAGCUUUUUCGUAUCAUUAGGCCAUGACGAAGAGGUGGGUGGGGAGACGGUACUCGGCGUAAGACGCGCCUUUUUUAAUCUUGUUUUACCAGUACCCAUUUAAAGAAAAGGGAAAAACAGUAAUAUUCGACAGAAUUUUCACGGUCCACAGUAAAGAUGAUAAUUGUUGUUAAGUUUUUUGGAAAUUGUUGUCCGUUAAUACAGUUAUGAUAGUGCUAAUUUAGUAUCACCCAAAAACCGUCUCAUAUUUUGAUUUUGGAAAUAUUUGGCAAUAUAUGCUUAAGUGUCCCGUCUUCCCCCACUCUAUUAUAAUAUACACUUUUCCA